AUGCGCCAAAAGUUUGACGGACGACCUUUGGAAAUCAGAAAUGCCGUUUCAACAUACUUCGAAUAUUGCCUCCUGGACACUCCCGAUUCGGCGUGUCCACUACUUCAGGAAUUCGUGAUUGCGCCAUUUGCACUUGAGGAAUGCCGUCGCGGGGGGACGUCUUCUGAGCCAGGUCGCAUGCGUCCAUUUUCGGGCGCAGUGACCGCGUCGGCGUCGACGUCGUCCACGACGGCGGUGGCGACGACGGUGACUUCGGAGCAGAGAGAGUCACCUUGUUGUUCAGCUCGACCUCUUGCAAUCGGAGUGGUCGCUGUCUCGAUGAGCUUUGCACUUAUAUAUUUUCUAAUGAUUGUUCCUUUGACAACGACAAUCAUACCUACAACUCCUUCUCCAAUGAUACCGGGUGCUGUAUCGUCAUCUCAUCCCACAGAAUCUACCAUACUCAAUUCUACAUUAUUUGUCUCUACAACUGAACAUAUUUCUGCAACUACUGAAGAUCCUCUUUAUACGAAUAUCAAUGAUAAAUAUCAUCGCUAUCAAAUUCCACUGAAUCAUAUCCCUUUACUGUACGAAGUAAAACUAAAACUAUUCCUUCCAUGGAAACCAAGUGUCAACUACGAUUCGGACAAUUUCGUCGUCGAAGGUCAUGUACGAGUUCAUUUUACAUCUGGUGGUGGAUCUCGUGUUCUUCUUCAUUCGGAUUCUGAACAACACAUCGGGGAAUGUAUGGUUCGAGACGAGUUUGGAAGAGAGAUCUUCGUUAAACAUGUUGGUCGAGGGUUUCCUCAAGUACUUGACCUACAUCUGGCUGCUGAUAUGAUACAUGGAAUGAACUAUACACUAGAUAUUGCCUUUCGAAGGCACAUGGAGCAAGAUGGUGCACUUGGACUAUUCACAGUACCCUACACAUAUGGGAAUGAGACACGGCACAUGGUGGCUACUCAUCUACAAAAUUCGGAAGCUCGAAAAGUGUUCCCUUGUAUUGACAUUCCUGAAGUGAAGGCUCAAUUCGACACUGUGAUAAUUCAUCCGACUGGAACAACGGCAAUUGCAAAUAUGAUUGAUAACUCAACUGUAGUAGACGGAGGUUGGACAACGACAACAUUCAAACGAACACCUCCAAUGUCUACUUAUUUAUUCGCAUUUUCAGUUUCUGAUUUUCCGUAUCUUGAAAGAAUUUCUUCAAGAGGCAUCAAGGUAAAUAAUUCAAAAGUAUACAGUAUUCAAAACUUUUCUAUUUUAGUCUCGAGUGUUCUGUGA